AGAAGACACGUGUGCUCAAGCUUUCGAAGCGUGUGCCAGUCGAGACGCAGAUUCGAUAAGAGUAUCGAUCUCUUGUCUGUCUGUUCACGAUGGCAUAUGCUGUGUCUGUUAUGUUGCUAGUAGCGCUUUGUAGAUUCGAGGUGUCUGCAGCGAUAGCAGGAGUGUACGCGUUUGAAACCUAUACAGAUGCGUCAUGCUCAGUUCUGGCGCAGACCGAGUACGUCAAGGAAGUGUCAGGAUCUGAUGACUGUUACGUGUACACGAAUGCCGAUGGCGACGUGGCCGACGGUGCUUCGAGCUUCACUUUGACCUGCAACCCUGGCCUUGCCGAUUACGCAGAGUAUGAGAGUGAGAGUUGCACGGGCUCUGGCGUGUCCUCUGGAACCGAACCAUGGUUCACGAAAACUAUGUGCACGUCUAAAGGUCUGAUCGGCCUUGGACUGAACCUUGAUGCAGAAGAAGUCGGGACCAACGUGGAGAUGCUGAUUCACAACGCUCAGGGCACAUCGUGCUUGAAAGCGCAUGUCCCAACGCAGUGAUUUGUCGCAAUGGUGGCGAUCGGAACCCAACAGACGGCACUCGCAGGGUUCAUCAUGUUCGAAAGCGUAUCCAGCGUUGUGAUUUACCACGACGGUUCGGCACGCAAGAGUCGGUAAGAGUCCAUGGAGGUCCAACCAUUCCAGUAUCGUGCCGAUGAGGGGGCCCUUCAUUUUACCGCCUUCGCCCCGCCAUUUGGGCCGGCGCGAAGGGCGAGACGGGCGGAGUGCGACGUCUCACGGGAGUUGAGGCGCUCCUCCUCCCAGGUCGUUUCGGUUAGUUUUCGGAUUCGGCUCGGAUUCUAGACUUUGGUCGUCCCGAGAUUCGGAAAAGGGUUAGUUCCGCUUUGGCUUGCGAGAGAUUGAUGCGCAGCGAACUCGUAGAUCCAUCACGUCGGUGUGAUCAGCACGUAGAGGAGGCUAGGUAGAUCAACCGGUGAAGGCGCCUGCAAAGUCGAGCGGCCUUGCCGGGAAUAGAAGCGUGCAGUUUUAGAUUUCGGCGCGAUUGCAUUCUUUGUGGCCACUGACGUGGGACGAUGAAAAAGAAGAAGACGAAAGAGAAGUAAAAGGUC